AUGUCAAAAAUCAGCCUCUUCGGACUCGGAUCCAUGGGCCAGGCCCUCGCCCAUCGGUACAUUGAUACUGGAUAUACCACCACCGUCUGGAACCGCACACCUGAGAAGGCGCAGUCCUCCGGGUUGAUACAGAAGGGCGCUCAUCAGGCCCUCACUGUAGCCGAAGGCCUAGAAGCCGCCGACAUGGUCAUCCUUUGCCUCCUCGACAAUGCCUCCGUAAGAGAAACCCUCAGCAAGGCUGUCACUUCUCUCAGUGGGAAAACUAUCGUCAAUCUAACCAACGGAACUCCCACCCAAGCCCGCGACCUCUCAGAAUGGGCCGGCGCGCACGGUGCAGAGUACAUUCACGGGGGCAUCAUGGCUGUCCCCGAUAUGAUCAGUUCCGGCUCGCCGCACUCGAUUCUGCUGUAUAGCGGCAAGUCCAAUGAAGUGUUUACCCGCAUUGAGCCUGACCUUGCUCAUUUGGGAGCGGCCAAAUUCCUCGGCACGGACCCGGGCUCAGCAUCGCUGCACGACCUGGCCCUUCUCUCGGGCAUGUACGGCCUGUUUUCUGGCUUCUUCCAUGCAACUGCGCUCGUGCGGUCACAGUCUGACACCACAUCUGAAGGGUUCUUGGAGCUCCUGAUCCCCUGGCUAGGCGCCAUGACGCACUACCUGGGUGGACUGGCAAAGCAGAUUGACAGCGGCGAUUACACGACGCAGGGUUCGAAUAUAGCGAUGCAGGUGGCCGGGUUGGAGAAUAUCAUUGCGGCCAGCGAGGAGGUGGGUGUAACGCCGGCGUUUAUUCUGCCGAUUCAAAGGCUCAUGAAGCGUGCGGCGGACGAGGGGCAUGGCAACACGGAUAUUUCUUCUUUGAUUCAGUAUUUGCGGACGCGAGAGUAG